AGAUGUCUAUUUUGACGUUCGAAUGACUGGUUUUUCUCUGGUGGAAAUUCGUUCACAAAUGGUACCUAAAUUAUUUGUUUCCAAAUCUACACGUAAAUUCUGUCACUGUGCCUUUAUUACAAUAAAUACGUUAUUACGUUGAUGACCGUAUUGUUGAAGGUAUCAAAAUAAUUAUGUUGAGUUGAACACCUUUCAAAUAUAUUGACUAGCAUAAUAAUAAAUUGCAAAUUGAACUCAAAUAAUGAUGAUAAAUUCAUGACACAGAAGUACAAAUAUUGAAGCUUGAACCAAGUUUUGGCACUCAGGUAAAAAAAACAUCUAAGAUGAGUGAAAGUGAGAAGAAAUGGGCUUGUGAGUACUGUACCUAUGAAAACUUCCCUUCUUCCAUAAAAUGCACCAUGUGCCAUGGCCACAGACCUUUUGUGAAUGAAGAUAUAUAUAGUUUGAAUGAUGAUAACAUCAACUCAGAUGAUAAAUUCUCCACUAUUGGAACUGCAGCUGGUCCAUUAGAGAGCAACAAAUCAAAAUGUGUAAGAUGCAGCUAUGGUUCAUCCAAUGUAUGUAUAAUUUGUGGGGAAACCUCACUAUCUGCCAACUCCCUGCAUGAACACAUUCAGCCACUAAAAAUUUCUCAGCACUCAGAUUUAGCACAGAGUUUGUCACAGUCUAGAAAUAACAGCCCACCUGCCAGUUUGACUAAUAUUGAAAACUCUAGAAGAACAUCACAAUCCAAAUGGAUUUGUCCUAUGUGUACUUAUGAGAAUUGGCCAAGAUCAGUGAAAUGUGCAAUGUGUGCUACAAACAACAGUCAAAGAUCCCAAGCUUCUAGUCUCAUCAUAUCCUCACCAGAACCUGAUGUUAAUCAGGAAGAUAGGUUUAAGGAUUACAUUUUUGAUUUCAGCCAAAGCCCAAACGAUCAAAGUGAUCGUAAUUUACGACAUCUUCGUCGAAACGCCGAUUGGGGAUGGUUGAAUGCCUGCAUUGGGGUGAUAGACGGUGAUCCGAAUCCCGUCGAGGCCUACCUAUCUUCUGGGGGAGACCCAGCACGAACGCUCACAGCUUCUGAAGUGGCUAUACUGAAUAGAACAUCUGCUUUCGAUGUUGGUCAUACGCUAGUUCACUUGGCAAUAAGAUUCCAGAGAGAAGAUUUAUUGGCUGUCCUCUUGUCACAGAUAGAGGGAUCUGGUUCAGGAGUUAAACGUGUCCCAAGUUAUGUGGCCCCCGACAUAGCAGCAGAUAUUAGAAGACAUUUUGCAUCUACUAUUCGCCUGAGAAAAGGCAAUUUUCCUUGUAAUUUCGUUACAGAAUUCCCUACAUUUACAUUGCCUGCAGAAGUGGACGAGCUGCCGGCGCCCGUGCAAGACCAGCUCUUCGCCGAGCUGAUCGACAAGGACGCGCAGGAGCAACUCGAGGCCGAGCCGGCCGUGGUCAAUUGGUCGCUGGACGUGACGGCUCGGCUCGGGUCGCGGCUGCACGCGCUGUGGAACCGCUCGGCGGGCGACUGUCUGCUGGACAGCGCCAUGCAGGCCACGUGGGGCGUGUUCGACAGGGACAACGUGCUGCGGCGCGCGUUGGCCGAGAGUCUGUCGCAAGGCGGGCACAUCUUCUACCCAAGAUGGAAAGAAUACGAAUCGAGUCACGCAUCGAUCCUCCAAUACUCAUUGGAGGAGGGACAAUGGGAGGAAGAUUGGACCAGCCUGUUGUCCCUUGCCAGCCAGCCCGGCACAAGUCUCGAGCAGCUUCACGUGUUCGCUCUGGCACACAUCCUCAGGCGACCUAUCAUCGUCUAUGGGGUGAAGUAUGUCAAAAGCUUCAGGGGCGAGGCCAUCGGAUAUGCCAGAUUUGAGGGUGUUUACUUGCCUCUGUUAUGGGACCAGAGCUUCUGCGUUCGCACCCCCAUCGCUCUCGGCUACACUCGUGGCCACUUUUCCGCAUUGGUGCCCAUCGAACCGUACAGUAGGAUCGAUUCCAGACCUCCAAUCCAGCACAGCAACAUGAAUCCUGAUCACAUGAGAAGUACUUUCCUUCCUCUGAUGGACAGGGAUAGGAAGCUGCUUCCGAUUCAUUUUUUAACGGAAUCAGAGUUGGGUAGAGAAGAAUCUAUUCUUCGACAGUGGCUCGACGUUUGUGAAACGGAAGGAGGGAUACUAGUGGCUCAACAGUUACUGAACAAAAGGCCACUUCUAGUUGCUCAAAUGGUGGAGGAGUGGUUGAAUCAUUACAGACGAUUAUCUAUUUUAUUCCAGUCAAAUGACUUCAGCCCCCUUCGUCAGAGCAACUGCAAUUCAAGACUAUUCAAGCGAAGGAGACACUGAUGAUGAAUAACGCCGGUUAAAGUUCGUGCUUGAAUAACACGAAAACAAUUAGUGAUGAUGUAGUACCUAAUAAAAUACAUUUUUCUCGAAGAAGCGAUUAGUUGAUGAAUUUUUCUCAGAAUUUGCGAUAUCUAUGAGGGUUUAUUGCUAUCUGGAUAUUGUCUUAAACUCUUGAUAUAUUCAGACACAAGCGAGUAUUUUGGUCUAGAAUUCUACUAGGAAUUACAUUUUAUUGAAUCUAGACAGGCUCUCUCAUCAAGAAAAUAUGGUAUUGGAACUCUAAAAUGUACAAUUAAUUUUUCCAUUUGAAUUCAAUAGUCAUCCACCUGAAAUUGAACAUAAUUUUGUUGACAACUUCAUUAUGUUUCUCUGAUAGAACUCCUCAUUCUCAGAUUGAACUUGAAUUAUCGGAACAUGUUUCGAACUUGGAUGUUUUCAUCUUCAGUCUUACCUUUCAAAAAUGAAUAAGAAUUUCGAAAAGAAUCGAAAUUCACACUAGAAUAUCCUGUUAGAUGAUCAUCCAUGUGUUUUUUAUUAUGUGUAGAACUCUCUAUCUUUGAUAACAAAGGCUGAAGAUGAACUCAUGUGAGUUUGGAGAACAUGUCCUGCAAAUUCACUGAAAAUUGAAGUUGUAGAGUUGAUCAAGUUUUCUUCAUUGUUAUUUUAUAUGUUUAAUGUUUUUGUGUAUACCAUAAGUCCAAGAACAAUCCAUGGAACGCGAAAUUGAGACAAUUUG